GCGAUCAGGCGGACCAUAUAUGUUGUCCUCCUAUCUUGCGGACUUCUGUAAUGAAAGUGAGUUUGCAUUGAGAAUAAUGUCAUUUUAGCUUUCUUGUGACGGUAGUGUGUUACGAGGUGUUCAUGUCAUUCACAGCAGGGCGUACCAGUUGGGAAUUAGCCACGCGUGAAGGAAGUGUGAACAAUGAAAGGGCGCUGUUGCACUGCCGAAUUUGAACUAGCACAGCAGACGUCAGGUUGAAUCCCAAAGGCUGGUCCAAUCGUCCUAUAUGCGGUAGUGCUCUUCAACGCCUGCAGUAAUCGUCACUCGUGAUAUUAGUAGGAGAGUUCGUCGACUCAUCUGGAUAGCUGCGGCGAUGCAAGUUGGAUGCAUGUCCCAAGGCGCUUAUGAUAACAGGCUGCCUCAUGUCUGGGGCGUGUAACGAGGAAGGUCAAUAUUGCAACGGAAUCAGCAUAAAAACAGUUCACGCACCUCUGCAGCCUAGUAUAAGAACCCACAAUUUCUCCAGCAAGUCCACACCGUCCUCGACACCAUCAACCUCCAGUAACAUGGCGCAGCUCAUUCCAAGUACCACGCCCGUUCGAGCGUUUGAAAAUCAUGGUGGAUCCGUAUCCGGAGUGGCAGUUUUCCCUGAUGGACGACGAAUGGUUACAGGCUCGUAUGACACCACGCUUCGUUUGUGUGACCUGAACACAGGCGUAGUGUUGAAGAAGAUGAUGGGGCAUCGCGGUGAAGUGUGGGGAUUGGCGGUAUCACGUGAUGGACAAUUGAUAGCAAGCGGUGAUAACAAGGGGGAGCUCACCACCUGGCAUGGAGAAACUGGGGAAUUCCUCACCCAAGCCAUCCAAGCCCACUCCAAUGCGAUCCACUGGGUGGACUUUUCACCCGAUGGCGCAGUGCUAGCCACCGGUUCAUACGACUGCACGACGAAGCUGUGGUGCACGAAAACCUGGCAAUUGCAAGGAAACCCAAUCACUUGUGGAGGAUACGUCUUCUGCGUUCAGUAUUCACCGUCUGGCAAACUUCUUGCCAUCGCGACAGUCAACAAUAUCCAAAUUUAUCAUCCAGGCACCAGGGAAUGUGUCGCAAAUUUUAAGGCUCACACAUCAUCAACCUUCUCACUCGCCUGGACGCCCGAUGGCACACGCCUUCUCUCAGGGGGAUGUCAGGACGAUUCGACCAUACGGGAAUGGGAUACAUCGACUUGGAAGCAGGUCGGUGAUCUAUGGAAAGGACAUACUAGCCUUGUGUAUGCCAUUGCAAUUCAUCCUGCUGGCGCACUUGUCGCUUCCGCAUCAUUUGACAACUAUGUCCGUCUCUGGUGUCGCUCAGAUCGACAAACCAUCGCCAUAUUCAAGCACUCUAGUGACGUGCACUGUAUCACAUUCUCCAUAGAUGGCAGGCACAUUCUCAGUGGAGGUGUGGAUAAGAAGAUAUCAGAGUGGCUGGUACCCGAGGAUGCUCUGCCGCAGGAUUGUCCAAAGGAAGAAACGACAUACCAGGCUCAGGACACUGAUUUUAAGAUACUCGUUAUAAGCGCGACAGCCCGUGAUGCAUGCAUAACUGGGGACCUGCCUACUGCUGAAGAGCUGCUGACAAAAGAGAUCGACGCUGAUGACAAGAACUACAACUCCUAUGCCAAUCGAUCAUUCAUUAUGGCACGAAAACUCGAUUGGGAUCACGCGCUUUGCGACGCAAUAAAGUCCGUCAGCAUUCAGCCAUCCUUGAUAGGCUAUAUCGCCAAGGUCAUUGCCCUCUGCGGGAAACAGCAGGUUCAGGACGCGGUGAAAGCGUUUGACGUCGCGUUCGCGUUCACGCACGCAGACCCAAAGACGACUCAUUUCCUGUUCUUGAUAAAGGCCAUCGCGUUGUUCAAUGCACAUAACCAGGAAGAGGCAGUGCUGCCUGUCCAAGAGCUGGCCGCCCAUCCCAAUGCCGAUCCUCUCGCUACUCGUGUCGUGGAAGCCUAUUUGCGAGUACAGCUGGGAACCAGUGCUAUGGAUGCCGCCCUUCACGAUGAAGCUGCUGACCACUUCACUACCGCUGUGAACGCUGGCGCUUCCUUUGCUCAAUCGGACAUUCAUUCUAUGUAUGAGGACUUUGUCGUGCUAUUUGGUUGGAACCUCAAGUCCUUGUGGCAAACCGCAAACCAGAAACGGUGCCAGGCACUGCUUCGGGCAGGUCAAUUCGGAGAAGCCUUCGAAGCGUACCGAUACAUGAUGGAGAUGAGUGAUGAACCAACGAAGGCCAUCUUUCUUGCUUGGAUCCCUGCUCUAAAUGAAGCGCGCUCUAUAUGCUAGCUCAUGACCCGAAACCAGACCGAUAUUCUGCAAU